AUGGCUCAGCCGCAGCCUCAACCAGGAACCCCGGGGCCCCUGUCGCAAUCCCUUUUCGGAGUGCCUACGAGCCAGGCUCUGCCAGCCCCGUCAUCCUCUACGCCGGCACAACAACCCACGCCUUCUCCCGUGGAUCAGACUCCGGGGUCGGCAGCAUCGAGCAACAAUACCUACAUCAUGCCCAACUCCCCCAUCAAGAACAGAGGCACCCUAGACGGCUAUCGCCCAAGGGUCACAAGAACCUUAGGCCAGCGGCCCGCUUGUCUCGUUAAUGCCUCCGUCACUUACUGCGGCAACAACCACAUAUACGCCUUCGGAGGCUUCGAUCAAUACACUGAUGAGGUGUAUAAUCAUGUCCUCAAGUUGGAUCUGGUUAGCCAUCAAUGGAGCCUGGUAGACAAUUACGGUGAUAUCCCCGGCGUGCGUAUGGGUCACACGGCUACCCUCUACCAAGGCGACAAACUCCUCGUUUUUGGCGGCGAGAACGAACAUCGAACCUACUUGUCCGACCUCAUCAUGUUCGACCUGAAAACCGCACAUUGGACGCAGCCACAAGUUACAGGACCGGUGCCGAAAGGCCGAGCAAGACAUGCCGCGGUGCUGCACGAAGACAAGCUUUUCAUCGUGGGGGGUAUCACGGGCCACGACAAUUAUGUUCUCGAUGAUAUCUGCUACCUCGACCUCAAGACUUUCACCUGGUCCCGAUCCUGGCGUUUCGUAGGACGAUUUGACCAUUCUGCAUACAUCUGGGGAGAUCGUGUUUGGGUCUUUGGAGGGCUGUCCGAGGAUAUGGACAAGAUUGGAGAUCUAUGGUGGUUGGACCUGAAGGGAAGCCCGGCUUUUGAGUCUUCCCCUCAAGUCGGCAUCUUUGAUCGCCAAACUGGCACCAGCCGGACAGUCGGCUCUCCAAGACAACCGUACGCGCUGUCGCAUCCGCCACCGGCAGUUGGCACUUCCGGCUACGCCGCCAAUUCUCGGACCCAACAGGUUAACCCGCCGUCAUUCCAGCUUAAGACGUUUGCCCCCAUGGCGCCUGGUACGAUCUCGUCUCUGAAGUUCGUGUCUGGUCCCCACAUACCUUCCCAGGGCUCUGGAAUUCACUUCCAUGUUUACUCGUCCGGCACCUUGCUUGACUUUGUGACGCCAGCGGCGACCAUUACAUCUAAGGAGUGUUCUCUCUCAGCACUGGACCUGGCAACGCUCAGAUGGCAGAAGCUCGCGGAAGGUCGAGAAAUUUUCAAGUCCGGUUACCGUUGGCACUACUGUACGAUGAAUGAGGAUGGUACCAAAGCAUGGCUACUUGGAUGUCCCACCGAUCCUGCCGCAUCUGACCUUGGACCUAAUGGAUUUGAAGAAUACCUGAGCGACAUCAUGGAAAUCGACCUCCGUCGAUACGGAUUCCUUGGCAACAACCUGUCACCAGAGCCGCGCACAGAAUCAAGGCCAACCGCUAGAGUCAUUGACCAGCCUUCUAAGGGACUCGGAUCUGAUCUGGCCAAACUGUUCGAUCAACCGCCUGAGACUGGUAGCGGUACUGACUUCGUGAUCACUGCCUCGGAGGGCGACUACGAAGACGAUGACAUGAUGAGCCGGAACGUCAAUGCUUCAACAGAUCACAACUGGCUGUCCCCUGACGCGCCUACAUCACCGCCGAUUCACGUCCACAAGCUUAUUCUUCAAGCCCGCUGGCCGCACUUUGCCCGACUUUAUAGCUCCCAGAUGGCCGAAUUCCACACGAAGAAGAUGCACAUUCCAGAGCCAUAUAGUGUCGUAAAAGCCUUCCUUUACUAUCUCUACACAGAUAGCAUCCACGGAACGUCGGUAAACGAGAGCGGUGCCACCACCGAGCUAUCCGACGUGGCUGGACUUCUCGUCAUGUCCAACAUCUACGGUAUCCCUCAUCUUCGACUGCUCUGUGUCAACCGGCUUUCCAAGGAACUGGACGUUGACCACGCUUGCAUCAUCUGGCACUGCGCUGGCCUGGCGAGCGAGGAUUGGCUGCGCAAGCGUGCAGCGCAGUUCUGUCUCCUACAUUGGGGCCGGAUUGUUCGAACCCAAGGCUUCCUUCGCCUGCCACGGACAGCGCUGGUGGAGUUGUCUCAAGAGAUUGACAUGGAAGGACGCGUUGUUGGCGGUGACGAGCUCGAGUACGUCGGCGCUCUGGCCGGCUCGCGAUUUGGGGACGGCUGCUCGAUUGUCAGUCGUAAGGAGAGUGUCAGCAGCAACCACACUCAGCUACACGAGAGCGAAGUUGACGUUGACGACGACGACGGCAUGGAGAUGAGUUGA